GUGUUUACAGAUUUGCCAGUUGAGUUCCGUAACGUCACGUCAAAAAAGUGCAACACACGAAUUUCUACAACGUUUACUAUGUAAAGAUAAUGUAGGUAUAGUUUAUUAAAACAAGGCCUUUAGGAUACAAUUAUAUUUAAUGUCAGUAUAUAAGCUGGAUGCUUGUUAUUGGUGGUGUAAUCAUUGGACCAAGAGAUAUUGAGACAAUUAAGGUGUAACAAAGAAAGGUGUAAAAUGACGAUUGCCACUAGGGGCCAGGGAGUUGGCAUAGACCCUCCCGACAGCCAACAAAAUACACAGAUGCACAGUCCACCAGGCCCGCAACAAUUGGCUGACACAAUGUCGGGACUCCAACUCACUGAGAAUGUGGUACAAACAGAAUGCAACAAUGACGCUAUCACUACAGUGGAGGAUAGCAAUCAGCUUCAUGGAGAACCUGAAUUUCCUAUUUCCAAACUUAAUAUGCUUCAUGAAAAGAUAUCUAGUCCACGAUGGGUUGUACCAGUUCUACCCGAACAAGAAUUAGAGUGCCUGUUACAAGCCAGUAUCGAACUUUGUAAAAAAGGAAUUGAUGUACAAAGUGAAGCGUGUCAACGCUUUUUUCGAGAAGGUCUCACAAUCUCAUUUACCAAGAUAUUAACAGAUGAUGCAGUAAACAGUUGGAAAUUAAAUAUUCACAACUGUAUUAAUGCUAAUUGUGCACGUUUGGUGGAAUUAUGUGUCCUGAAAUUAGACGAAGAUUGGUUUCCUCUACUUGAUUUAUUGGCAAUGGUUUUUAAUCCUAGUAAUAAAUUUCACACAUUUAAUGCAAUAAGAGUGUCUGAAACCGUUCCUCCUGGUAGUGAUAUUCCUGAUGAGGAACUUUAUGCUCGCCCACCACCUGAUUCGCGAAGUCCCCGUGGUUGGCUAGUAGAUCUUAUAAACAGAUUCGGGAGUCUCAACGGAUUUGAAAUUUUGCUCUCUAGAUUUCAGAGUGGACGUAAUUUAACAGUGCCAGUUAUUUAUGCUUUAAUCAGACCUUUUGGCUUGUGUUAUGAACUAUUGACUGUUCACACGAUAGUUAAAUAUUUGAUGCCUAUUGUUGAAAUGGUACCUCUUAUUUUGAAUAAUUUAACUGAUGAUGAGUUGAAGAAGGAGGCAAAAAACGAAUCAAAAAACGAUGCAAUAUCAGCCAUAAUCAAAGCUGCUAAAUGCUUGGUGUCACGAGUACCUCAUCAGGAAGAGAUGAUAAAGAACUUGGAAAUACUGAGACUGAAGAUGAUAUUGAGACUCUUACAAAUUUCUUCUUUUAAUGGGAAGAUGAAUGCUUUAAAUGAAGUUAAUAAAGUAAUAUCUAGUGUUAGUUAUCACCAGCAUCGUAAUACAAUAGUGGAGGAGGAAGAAUGGCUUACAGCAGAGCGUAUGGCAAAAUGGAUUAAAGACAAUGGCGUUUUGGAAAUUGUACUGAGAGAUUCGUUGCAUCAGCCACAAUAUGUAGAAAAACUGGAGAAGAUCUUACGCUUUAUUAUAAAAGAACGUGCACUUACAUUAGAAGAUUUGGAUGCUGUUUGGGCGGCUCAAGCUGGUAAACAUGAGGCGAUUGUGAAAAACGUUCAUGAUUUGUUAGCCAAAUUAGCUUGGGAUUUUAGUCCGCAACUUGACCAUUUAUUUGAGUGUUUUCAGACAAGUUGGAGGACUGCCAAUAAAAAACAACGGGAAAAAUUAUUAGAACUGAUUAGGAGACUGGCAGAGGAUGAUAAAGAUGGCGUUAUGGCACACAAGGUGUUGACACUUUUUUGGACUUUGGCUCAUUCCGAUGAAGUUCCGACAGAAAUUAUGGAUCAGGCAUUGAAUGCUCAUGUAAAGAUUCUUGAUUAUUCAUGUUCGCAAGAAAGAGACGCGCAAAAGACAAUCUGGUUGGAUAAGUGUGUUGAAGAGUUGAAAAAUGGCGAUAAGUGGGCCCUUCCUGCAUUGAAGCAAAUUCGCGAAAUAUGUUGCCUUUAUGAACCAAAUCCCAACUUGGGUCACAGUACACGUAGUCAUCAUUUACAUUACAGGCAAGAAGUAAUAGAACGUUUACAGAGCGAACAUUCAGUAGUGAUACUUGUAACAAAUAGUUUAACAAAUUAUAUGGAUAAAGUGCGACAAUUGGUAAAGGAAGAUCCUGAAAUCGACGCGAAUUCUUUUAUGCCUGAUGGUCGCUAUAAUCAUAUUAUGCAAGUGCAGGAAAGAUUGAAUUUCUUGCGUUUCCUAUUAAAGGAUGGACAAUUAUGGUUAUGCGCCGAUCAAGCGGAGCAGAUUUGGCAAUGUUUAGCAGAGCAGGGUGUAUUUGUUUCGGAUCGCGAGGCGUGCUUUAAAUGGUUCUCUAAGCUUAUGGGAGACGAGCCAGAUCUAGAUCCAGCAAUAAACAAAGACUUUUUUCAAAAUAAUAUACUGCAAUUAGAUCCGACAUUACUUACAGAAAGCGGUAUUAAAUGUUACGAAAGAUUUUUUAAAGCUGUUAAUUCUAAAGAAGGAAAAUUGAAGCUGAAACGUAGAACAUUUCUUAUGGAUGAUGUGGAUUUAAUUGGGACUGAUUAUUUAUGGAGAGUAGUAACAAAUAGCCCAGAGGAAAUUGCAAACAGGGGUAUAGAACUCUUAAAGGAAGUGAAUACGAAUUUAGGACCACGACUGCAGUCGUCUGUUUUAGCAUUUCAUGAAACAUAUAUAGCGGAAUGCAUGGACAGACUGAAAGCUCAUUAUGAUACUGUGACUGUUUUGAGCAGAGUAUAUUUGGAUGGAAAAGAGGAACGUGAAGAACAAAUGACAAAUAAAAUUAAAAUAGAAGCCAUAAAAAUGUGUCGCGUCAUGAAAGUUUUGCAGGAAUAUAUAAACGAGUGCGAUACAGCUUUUCCAGGGGAACGAAAAAUAUUACCAUUGCAUAGAGCAGCUCGUGGCAAGCAUCUAUCACUUGUUAUUCGUUUUGCGAGUCCUGGUCGAAACGUCGACGACAUAGAUAUCUUCACGCAUAGUAAUGACACAUUAGCUUCAUUGAGACGUCAGAUAUUACGUAGAAUUAAAGCAAGCGGAACAAAUGUGAAACUCGAUUUAUUUAUUAAUGGAGAUUCGCUGGAACAAUCCGAUGAUAGGAAACUCCUUUCUCAGAUCCCACUGAGAGACAAAAUGUUGUUAUCUGCGAAGCUCAGUCAAGUAAAUAGCAAUAUGCCAAGCUCACCGGAUAGUAGCUCUGAUAGCUCUACUAGUUCUCCGCAUCAUCCGUACGACGGGCCGAAUGUAGAGGCAGAGAACAGUUUGCCCGGUGUGGUCAUGUCGCAGAGGUCGCAAUACGCGACAUUCUUCUUUCAAUUGGCAGAUCUUGGCUGCACGCUUCAACAUUCGCAACUGCGUGACGGUGCGCGAAAUCUCUUACAAUUGGUGCCGCCGGAUACCUUCACUGUAACAAGAUUACAGUGGUUAUUUGGUCAUUACAAAGACGACGAAGCUUUACAGAACCCCUCUCAGUAUCAUUGUAACGAGCAGAAUACGACGGUAGAUUCUCUAUUUUUUACUGCAAGUCCUAGCCAAGUUUUAUACAAUUUAGAGGUGUUGUAUACUUUGUUAAUGCCUGCUCUCGACCCCACGUCGGAGAGAGCGUUUGAAUUUCAAUAUAAUUUCAUAAAAAGCGGUGAAGCGGGCGUUAUCCUCGAUAUGCUAACCAAAAACAAGUUUUUACCAAAUGCGGACGAGACUACAAAACGCUCUGCGUAUUUAACAGUGCUGAGAUUAUGCAAGCUUCUUCUGACGGUGAUGGGUAACGUGAUGGCAUGCGUGAUGGACGAGGUUCAAAGCGGGACUCCGGAGAAUCAUGACAAUCACGUUAACAAUCGCGGUCGAGUGACGGUACUCAAACAGGCACUUCAGAGUGUACCGAAUCAAAGUACCGAGUACAUGUUGAGAAGCGUAGCGGCUAAAUUGGCACAGCAUCUGGCCCAUCGAAUGCUAUCCGGCGGGCCGGAGGCCGAUCGAUGUCGGCAGCUUUUUGUGCAGGCCCUUUCCUGGGAAUUACCGGAUGUGGCUACUAUACGUGCCAUAAUUAGAUUAGCGUGGGCCGCAUCUACGGGUAACUUGAACAACAUUAACGCGUCGAACGACGUCCUUCACUUGAUGCACGAGAUUAAUCAGAAGGAACAGAGAAAUCCCGACAACAACGACGUCCUCGUGUGUAAGGAGGCGCUCGAAGUGCUAACGAUCGCCCUUGUGUUGAAUCCAUCGGCGUUGGAAACGUUAUCGCACGACAAAAUCUGGCACACUUUCCUGAUAGACCUGGUGCUACUUAGUACGUCGAGAGCCAUUAGGAUCGCCGCCGGCGAGCAAUUUUUUCUCAUCUCGACGUGGUGCAGCGGCGGACAUCAAACGUUACUGGUCACUAUAACUCUUCUCUUCGCUGUUUUAAACACUAUCGUUACGGAGAACGCGAAACAGAGUCACGAAUACUUCCAACUUCUGUGCCGGUUAUUGAACUUCGCGCAUAUGUCAGGUUGUCCCUUGACGACCGCGGAGACGCUAUUAAACGUGGAAAUAGCGUGGUUGAAAAAAGUUCGGGAUAACAUGAAGGAGACCGGAGAGACUCAGGUAGACGAGGCCUUACUCGAGGGUCACCUAGGUCUAACCAAGGAACUGCUGGCCUUUUUGCCACCGAGCCAAAAAUACGAGAUCGGUUCCGACGAGAAGCACGGAGUUAAUUUGAUCAAGGAGUUAGUCGAGGACUUUGUGUUCCCCGCGUCUCGUUUGAUGCUGCAGCUACGUAGCACCGGCGAAUUGAGCCCAUCGCAAGCGUGUCCGGUCUGCAGUACUCCUCAAUCGACUAGUGCCGCGUUCGACUUGCUCGUAGGUCUUUGCGUAGGCUGUGUACCCAACAUGAAACUUCUAGUCACAAUGCUCACCGACAUGUUCUACUCCGAGAAGGACGAACCUUUAGCUGAAUGGGAUUAUCUACCACCUGUGGGUCAUAGACCGCUUAAAGGUUUCGUAGGCUUGAAAAACGCAGGGGCGACCUGCUACAUGAAUUCAGUAUUACAACAAUUGUACAUGGUGGAGAGCAUUAGAAUCGGACUAUUAGCGGCGGAAGGCGCGGCGACUGAUUUAAAUGAGGACUUUUCGGGCGAGGAGAGAAUCGAAGGGGAGCAGACGAUCGAGACGAACGACAAUGAUACGAACGAAGAAAAGUGCGGUGCCGAUGAAUCUAGAAAGGAAUAUAAUAUCGGUAUUUUGAAGCAAGUGCAAGCGAUAUUCGGUCACCUGGCUUAUAGCAAAUUACAAUAUUAUAUACCUAGAGGAUUGUGGAAGCAUUUCAAACUUCAAGGAGAACCUGUAAAUCUUAGAGAACAACAAGACGCGGUAGAAUUUUUUAUGAGUCUGGUAGAAAGUCUAGACGAAGCAUUGAAAGCCUUGGGACACGAGCAGAUAAUGGGCAAGAUUCUUGGUGGCUCGUACAGCGACCAAAAAAUCUGCAAAGGUUGCCCUCAUAGAUAUUCCAAAGAAGAACCGUUCAGUGUGAUAAGCGUGGACAUACGGAAUCACAGUAAUUUAUUGGAUUCUCUUGAGCAAUAUGUAAAGGGAGAAUUGCUAGAAGGUGCAGACGCCUACCAUUGUGAUAAGUGUAACAAAAAGGUCGUAACAGUAAAGAGGUUGUGCGUGAAAAAACUGCCACCCAUUUUAGCGAUUCAGUUGAAAAGAUUCGAGUACGACUUUGAGCGCGUAUGCGCCAUAAAAUUCAACGAUUAUUUUGAGUUUCCGCGAGAUCUGGACAUGGAGCCUUAUACCGUUUCCGGUUUAGCUAAACUGGAGGGAGAGGUCAUAGAUUGCGAUUACGAGGAAUCUGUGAAAGGAACGUGCACCAAGUAUCAAUUAACUGGUAUCGUGGUUCACAGCGGUCAGGCUAGCGGUGGCCAUUAUUAUUCUUACAUCCUGCACAGGUUAAACGAUGGCACUGCCAAGUGGUACAAGUUCGAUGACGGCGAUGUGACGGAGUGUAAAAUGGAAGAGGAAGAAGAAAUGAAAUCUCAGUGCUUUGGCGGUGAUUAUUUAGGGGAAGUAUUCGAUCAUAUGCUCAAGCGAAUGAGUUAUCGCAAACAGAAACGAUGGUGGAAUGCGUACAUGUUAUUUUAUACGAGAUUAGACGUAGAAGAGAAUUCUCUAAUGAAGAGUGUAAAUGAAUUGUCAUUGUAUACGAAACUAGGAGUUAUGAAAAUGCCACCGGCGAUAGAAUAUAGUGUGCGGAAACAGAAUAUCAAAUUUAUGCACCACCGAAAUCAAUUUAGUGCCGAAUAUUUUCAAUUUAUCAAGAAACUGGUGUCCUGUAAUCCACAUAAUAUUAACAGACAGAAUCUGAAUGAGAAACUCAGUCCCGAAGCGGAAGAGCUUGCGAUGCUGUCGGUUCAAUUAGCAUCCAGAUUUCUUUUCUACACGGGCUUUCAUACUAAAACAUUACGCGGAACGGCGACAGAUUGGUACGACAUCAUAUGCCAUCAUUUGCGUAGCAGUAAAACAGUGCGUUCUUGGUUCGCCAAUGAAGUGUUGUUCAAUCAUCCGCAUAGAUUUUGCGAGUAUCUCUUGAGUUGUCCCAGUACGGAAGUACGCACUGCUUUUCUCAAGAUUUUGGUGUUCCUUGCACAUGUUUCUCUACAAGAUGGUCCAUGCGCCCCGCCUAGCCUAAAUGCACCGACCAUACUCUUCGAUCCAGUAGCAACGCUCAGCGAUCAUCUGUUACAUGCGGUACUGUCGUUAUUGCACCGUGAAAUUUCAGAUCAUGGGCGUCAUCUUCCUCAUUAUUUCUCCCUCUUUCACGCGUACGCUUCGCUCGGUCUUGCCGAGAAGGCACAAUUGCUUAAGCUAAAUGUCCCGGUUACGUUCAUGUUGGUCGCCAUUGACGAAGGUCCGGGUCCUACCAUAAAGUAUCAGUAUCCCGAAUUGACUAAACUGCAUCAAGUAGUAAGCAUGUUGAUACGGUGCUGCGACGUGUCAUCGAAAGCACAUUCGAGUCACACGCAGACCCGUGCAGAACCUUUGCCGAAUCCGUACGGAGAUCCCGCCUGUCAGUCGGAGUAUCUUAUGCCGAUCCAGUCGCAAGCGGCUGAUAUAUUAUUUGUCCGUACUAGUUACAUAAAAAAAUUGAUAGAGGACGCUAAUGUGACGGAGGACACGGUUAAAUUGUUGCAAUACUGUUGCUGGGAGAAUCCACAUCUGUCGCGUACGGUGCUUAGUGAAUUAUUGUGGCAAAUAGGUUUUGCGUAUACUCACGAGCUGAGGCAUCAUACGGAUCUGCUGCUUACGAUACUAUUGAUGGAAGAUUCGUGGCAAACGCAUCGCGUGCACAACGCACUCAAGGGAGUUCCCGACGAACGAGAGGGUUUAUUCGAAACGAUCCAAAGAAGUAAAAAUCAUUAUCAAAAAAGAGCUUACCAGUGUAUUAAGUGUAUGGUGCAGCUCUUUAGUAAAUGUAGACCUGCCCAUCAGCUUUUACACCAUAGUCCAGAACUGAAGAGAAAAUGGAGUCAUGCCAUAGAUUGGCUCCACGACGAACUCGACAAAAGACCAUAUGCCUCUACGGCGCCUUAUACACAUGCGUACAAUAAUUGGUCUCCGCCAGCACAAUCCAAUGAUUCCGCGAAUGGGUAUGUUUUGGAACGUAGCAAUAGCGCGAGGAAGACUUUGGAACGAGCAUGCGAACUGUGUCCGGACGAGGAGCCAGAAGUUGAAGACACAACCGAAGAUUGCGCGGAAGAAGCUGAGAAACGUGUGUUUACAUAUCCCAAUUCACUUAAAUAUUCCAAUAUUUCUGCUGGAAAAUCAUUCCAAAGUUCAUAUCGAGUCUCAAAGAGGCGUAGUAACAAUAGAGACUUAGGAUGGUACUCUGUAUCAUCUACGGAUUACCCCGAUUUUACCGUAAUUCAACAAAUGCAAGAUGAACAACAGCCUCAACCAGGACCUUCUCCAGUACACACGCCCCACUUAGCGCUUCAAAUGCAUAAUCCGCAGAACUGUGAGUCGUCACAAAAUACCAGUCAGGAUCCAUAAUGAACGCUGAACACUGAUGUUCUACCAAGUUGCUGCCUCAGUGAAAUGAUUUCGGAAUACUUAGAUAUUACUGCGCCAGAAGCUUGGUGGCGAACAGUAGCAGCAUAUGUACAGAUAUAACAAGUGAGGGUUUGUUUUUUUUAGUGAUCUUUAACAAAUUCGUGCUAAUCUCUUAGUUUCAUUGUGGGUAGUUCUUUUGAUAAUAUGACGCGCUAUAAAUGUUCGAAUCGCAAACAAGAAAAACGAAAUGGGAAACGAUUACGACUGAGAACUGAAUUAAUGCAUGCUGGUUGAGGCAAUCAAUUUUCGACAAUUUUUUCCUCCUUGAUCUUGACAUUGUUUGUCAUUCAUCAUGUUUGUGUCCCCCGACAACUGUUUGGCUUCCAAUUCUAGAAAUGACAAUUUGACAAAGAAAAAAAGAAAAAUAUAUAUAAAGAUGCGCGCACUCUCCCUGUCUCUCUCUCUCUUUUUAAGAGAGAUCGAUAAAACUAAUAGUACAGCUAAGAGUUUCAUUUGCCUCGAUUAAUGCAUGUCGAUUCAAGCUUAACGAGUAUCAUAAGAUUGUAUAAAUGUAUAGCGAGUAGUGUUACGGAAUCCCGUUCUCUGCCGAUUAGAAAACAAGAAUAUAAAGCAUAAUUUUCCGUAUGCCUAUGUAAAUUUGUUACUAAUAAUAAAAAAGAAGAGUUGAAAUAGAA